UAGUUAGUACUGUUAUCAUUGUUUAACUAUAUAUGUAACAAACCCUUACAAUAUGGAUUAUGUAGCGUCGCUACGACACCGGGAAACUUAAUAGGAGCAAGCUACCCUACAAUCACAGUAGUGGGUCGCGAUCUUUUCCGGCGGCGAUGAGCAUUGAGGUGAAGGAAAAUGGUGGCUUCUUGCCAGAUAUUUGCGAUUUCUACAAGGACACUCAUCAGCACAAGAAGACAAAAGAAUGGAUUGAUCCUAUAUGCGGUGCUCUACAUGAGCAAAUGACGAUGGUGCGGGAUGAGUCUAUCGAGUCUGGAACGCUCAUGACACAAGAGGAUAUAUCAAGAGUGGUUCUUGGGAAGAAUAAGGGAUACUUGAGAGGUUUUGGGGUCGAACCAAAGCCCUCGUCCUGUGAUUCUGGGUUGAAUGCGGCAUCACAAGCACGUGAGGAGCACUUGAAAAGGCUUACAUCCGAGUUGGAGAUACUACGUGCAGAGCAGCAGAGUGACCGUGAGGACCAUCAAAAAAAGGAAGAGGACCAACAUAUAAAAGAUGCAGAGAAUGCAAGACAACGUCAAGAGAUGCAAGGGCAGAUUUUUGGACUUCAAGGCAUGGUGGCGCAAGUUUUGGAAAUGCUCAAUCCAUCAAUUCACCACCAUAGCUACUCAUGGUAA